AUGUCCUUCACAGAGGAGCCCAAGCUUACCAUCAGUAACUCAACCGCCACUGAAUACUGUUUAAUCAAAGUUAAAGACACAUGGAGUCGACAAAUUGGACACUGUGAACAUGAACAUGGAGAGGGACACCGGUCAGACGCCAAAAUCUAUGAAUCCUCUACUGGACGUUGUGUUACCUGGACAGUGGUCAGUCCGGUCAUCUUCACCUACAGAAUUGUGGAGUGUGAGAACCUUCUGGAUGUAAAUAAUGACACUUUACUCUUUGGACACAUAGCUGACCCUCAAGAGGUUCAGUCCCUCAAGCGAAGUACCAAACUACUGAGGAGGUUUGUGGUCAUUGAUGAAACUGUUAAUUACCUCUAUGGAGCCCAGGUGGUUCAGUACUUUGAAUCAUGGAAAGUGGUGUAUAAAAUCCUCCCUCUGCCCACCACGGAGGAGAACAAGAACAUGACGCUCGUCACCACCAUCCUGGAGGAAGUCCACAGGUUUGGCAUUGACAGGCGCUCAGAGCCGAUCAUUGCAAUUGGUGGAGGUGUGUGUUUAGACAUUGUUGGACUGGCCGCCUCACUGUACCGCAGGAGGACCCCCUACAUCCGUGUCCCCACCACCCUACUGUCAUACAUUGAUGCCAGCGUUGGGGCUAAAACUGGGGUAAACUUCUGCAGCUGUAAAAAUAAGCUGGGCUCUUAUACGCCCCCUACGGCCACGUUCUUGGACAGGAGCUUCAUAAGGAACCUCCCACGCCGACAUAUUUCAAAUGGAAUGGCCGAAAUGUUAAAGAUGGCUCUGAUGAAGCAUAAAGGUUUGUUUGAGCUUUUAGAGAUGGAGGGGCGGAGUUUACUGGACUCCAUCUUCCAGUCUUAUAAUGUCACUGAAGGGAGUGGCUAUACAGAUGCCGCCUCGUUGGCCACCAAGGUUGCCAUAGUGACCAUGCUGGAGGAACUGGCCCCAAACCUGUGGGAGGACGACCUGGACCGUCUGGUGGACUUUGGCCAUCUAAUCAGCCCUGAGCUGGAAAUGACGGUGCUGCCAGAACUGCUGCAUGGAGAAGCAGUGAACAUAGACAUGGCCUUCAUGCUGUACGUGGCUCGAGAGCGAGGCUUUUUAACAGAAGAAGACGUGCAACGCAUCAUUUCCUGUAUGAAAUGUCUGGAGCUUCCUGUCUGGCACCAGCAGUGCUCUCUGGAUUUAGUGCAGAAAUCUCUCAGUGAACGCCUCAAACACUCCGGCGGGAAGAUGAGGAUGCCUCUGCCUACAGGACUAGGUAAAGCAGAAAUCUUCAAUGACAUGGAUAGCGCCACCUUGUGCCAAGCAUUCAAGAAGUGGUGUGAAGAGCUUGGCACUGGACAUUAAGACCACUGUCUGAAACUUUAAAAAUAAAUAAAUAGAUGCAUUAAUGAAUUUCUGCAGAAUGGAUCUGGUUCAUUUGAACUGAAUCUUUUUAAUAAACUAGACAAAAUGAUUUGCAAGUUCAACUGAAUCAAAUGAUUUUAGAGAAUCUAGGCAAUGAGAACACCACAAUUGUGUAUGAGGAACAUCAUCCCAUGAAGGAGAUAAAUACAAUUAAACUUGACUUGUGAAUCAAUGAAUCAACUGAAAUUUGAUUCACUAAAAACAAACUGUUUGUAAGAAUCCAACCAGUAAACGUUCUGUAGUAUCUGUA